CGGAGGUGACAGCGGGCCCGGGGCCGGCGGCUGCAACUACCCGCCGCGCCGAGGGACAGCCGGGCGGCGGAGUGGAGGUUAUAAAACAUGGAGACUGGCUCCGUGGUCCGAGCCAUCUUUGACUUCUGCCCUAGCGUAUCAGAAGAACUGCCGCUCUUUGUGGGAGAUAUAAUUGAGGUGUUGGCAGUGGUGGAUGAAUUUUGGCUUCUAGGAAAGAAGGAGGAUGUUACAGGACAGUUCCCCAGCAGUUUUGUGGAAAUUGUGACCAUUCCCAGUCUAAAAGAGGGAGAGAGGCUGUUUGUCUGCAUCUGUGAGUUUACAUCCCAAGAGUUGAACAGUCUCCCCCUCCAUCGAGGUGACCUAGUGAUUCUUGAUGGCACUCCCACUGCAGGCUGGCUGCAGGGCCGGAGCUGCUGGGGUGCCUGGGGCUUCUUCCCAUCUUCGUGUGUUCGCGAGCUCUGCCUCUCCUCGCAAAGCCGGCAGUGGCACUCACAGAGCACCCUGCUUCAGAUUCCUGAAUACUCCAUGGGACAGGCCCGGGCCCUGAUGGGGCUUUCUGCCCAGCUGGAUGAAGAGUUGGACUUCAGGGAAGGGGAUGUGAUUACCAUUACUGGAGUUCCUGAACCAGGCUGGUUUGAAGGGGAGUUAGAGGGCCGAAGAGGCAUUUUCCCAGAGGGUUUUGUUGAGCUUUUGGGGCCCCUGAGGACUGUGGAUGAGUCAGUAAGUUCUGAAAAUCAAGAGGACUACAGUGUAAAUGGUGAAGAAGAUACCCCUGUAGGAGAUGAAAAAGGAGGGUCAGACGAGCAUGAGGGGCAGCCAGGCACCUACGGGAUCGCCCUCUACAGAUUCCAAGCCCUGGAGCCCAAUGAGUUGGACUUUGAGGUAGGCGACAAAAUCCGAAUUCUGGCGACCUUGGAAGAUGGCUGGCUAGAAGGGUCACUGAAAGGCAGGACAGGCAUCUUUCCUCACCGGUUUGUAAAAUUGUGUCCUGACACAACGGUGGAGGAAAACGUGGCUCUGCCCCAGGAAGGCAGUCUUACUGAGAUCCCCGAAACUUCUUUGGGUUGUUUGGAGAACUCCUUAGUAGUGGAGGAUCAAAGACAUGAAUCCUGUGAAUACGAAGCAGAGAAGUCCAACUACGUUAUUUCUGAAACCUCCACUACUCCCCUAGAUCAUCUGACUUCUGAGUAUGAAGUAAACAGAAACUCUUAUCAGGAUGAAGACACCUCAGGAGGGCCCCCGCGAAGCCCCAGCAUGGAGCGGGACAAGCCUCUUGCCACACACUCUUCCAUGACUGAUACUUCAGAGGUAGUCAAUGGUAUUUCCUCUCGACCUCAGGUAGCUUUUCAUCCCAAAUUGCAGCAAAACCAGUAUUAUUCUCCAGCAGGAGGGAGCCACCAAAGCUCAGCCCAGUACUCUGACCUUCCUCUAGAAGCACGGACUAGAGACUACUUCACCCUACCUCCCAAAGCAACGUAUUCCCAGCUGAAAACUCUUCAGAAGCCAGUGCACCCUCUUUACAGGGGCUCUUCAUUCUCAGCCCCUAGGGUAGGCAGACCUAGCCAGUUGAGCCCUCAGCUGCAGGGCCUGGCAAGAUUUGCUAAAAAACACCGCACACCCAAAGAAAAUGCCUCCAGCUUUUGCUCCGCAUCAGAGAGAUCAGAGCUGAAGCCUGGUCCCCAAAGCAAGGGGCCUGCUGUGGAGGUAAUAGCACUUUCACAGGGAGAUGGCAGCACUGACCUGGAUUCUAAAUUGACACAACAGCUGAUAGAGUUUGAGAAGAGCUUGUCAGGGCCCAGCACAGAGCCAGAUAAAAUUUUACGCCACUUUUCAAUCAUGGACUUCAACUCCGAGAAGGAUAUUGUCCGAGGUUCCUCAAAGUUAAGUCCCCAGCAGGAGCUGCCUGAGAGGAGAAAGGCCCUACGGCCACCGCCACCCCGGCCCUGUACUCCGGCCUCCACCUCCCCGCAUUUGCUAGUUGACCAGAACCUGAGACCUCCACCACCCUUGGCUAUGCGACCCUGUCGCCCAGCUCCCCUGCCUCCCUCAGCACAGCAGAGAGUGAAUGCGGUGUCCCCCAGGCUCCUAGCCCAUCACCGUCCUAACUGCGAGACACUAGAGAAGGAGAGCCCUGAGCACGUGGAAAAGAGUCUGGACCAAACUUCCCCAUGUCCCUUAGUAUUGGUGAGGAUUCAGGAAAUGGAACAGGAUUUGGAUAUGUACAACAGGGCUCAAGAGGAGCUCAAUUUAAUGCUGGAGGAGAAGCAAGAUGAGUCAUUAAGAGCAGAGACCCUUGAGAAUCUUGAGUUCUAUGAGAAUAACAUUGAAAGUUUGAAUGUGGAACUCCAGCAACUUAGAGAAAUGACGCUCCUCUCCUCUCAGUCUUCAUCACUGGUGGCCCCUUCAGGGUCUGUGUCCACUGAAAACCCAGAGCAAAGGAUGCUGGAGAAGAGAGCCAAGGUGGUGGAAGAACUUCUUCAGACAGAAAGAGACUACAUUCGGGAUCUGGAAAUGUGUAUUGAGCGGAUCAUGGUACCCCUGCAGCAAGCACAGGUACCAAACAUUGAUUUUGAGGGACUUUUUGGAAAUAUGCAGAUGGUAAUUAAGGUCUCAAAGCAAUUAUUGGCUGCUCUGGAAAUCAGCGAUGCUGUAGGACCUGUGUUUCUUGAUCACCGGGAUGAACUUGAAGCAACAUACAAGGUUUACUGCCAGAAUCAUGAUGAGGCCAUUUCACUGUUGGAAAUCUACGAGAAGGAUGAGAAAAUCCAGAAGCAUCUUCAGGACUCCCUGGCAGAUCUGAAGAGCCUGUACACCGAAUGGGGAUGCACAAAUUAUAUUAACCUGGGCUCCUUCCUCAUCAAACCAGUACAAAGAGUAAUGCGUUACCCACUGCUGUUAAUGGAGUUGUUGAAUUCCACCCCAGAAUCCCACCCAGAUAAAGUGCCUUUAACCAGUGCAGUCCUUGCAGUCAAGGAAAUCAAUGUUAACAUUAAUGAAUAUAAACGUCGAAAGGAUCUGGUCCUCAAGUACCGUAAGGGUGAUGAAGACAGCCUUAUGGAGAAAAUUUCCAAACUGAACAUCCACUCCAUCAUCAAGAAAUCCAACCGAGUUAGCAGUCACCUGAAGCACCUCACUGGCUUUGCUCCUCAGAUAAAAGAUGAAGUAUUUGAAGAAACAGAAAAGAACUUCCGAAUGCAAGAAAGACUGAUUAAAUCCUUUAUCCGAGACCUGUCUCUCUACCUCCAGCAUAUCCGGGAAUCGGCAUGUGUGAAGGUUGUGGCUGCCGUGAGCAUGUGGGAUGUGUGCAUGGAGAGGGGACACCGGGACCUGGAGCAGUUUGAGAAGGUGCAUCGCUACAUCAGUGACCAGCUCUUCACAAAUUUUAAAGAGAGGACAGAACGGCUUGUCAUCUCUCCCUUAAAUCAGUUACUGAGCAUGUUUAUGGGGCCCCAUAAGCUGGUACAGAAACGCUUUGAUAAGCUCCUGGACUUCUAUAACUGUACGGAACGGGCAGAGAAGCUGAAGGACAAGAAGACCCUGGAGGAGCUGCAGUCUGCCCGGAACAACUAUGAGGCCCUGAAUGCGCAGCUGCUGGACGAGCUGCCCAAGUUCCAGCAGUACGCCCAGGGCCUCUUCACCAACUGCAUCCACGGCUACGCCGAGGCCCACUGCGACUUCGUGCACCAGGCUCUGGAGCAGUUGAAGCCGCUGCUUUCGUUACUUAAAGUGUCUGGCAGAGAAGGAAACCUGAUCGCCAUCUUCCAUGAAGAGCACAGCAGAGCUCUGCAGCAGCUCCAGGUUUUCACCUUCUUCCCAGAGCCUCUUCCAGCUACCAAGAAGCCAUUUGAGAGGAAAACCACUGACCGCCAGUCUGCUCGGAAGCCACUCCUGGGCCUGCCAAGUUACAUGCUACAGUCAGAAGAACUCCGGGCCGCCCUUCUGGCAAGGUAUCCCCCUGAAAAACUCUUCCAAGCAGAGCGGAACUUCAAUGCUGCUCAGGACCUGGAUGUCUCACUGUUGGAAGGUGAUGUGGUGGGUGUGAUUAAAAAAAAAGACCCCAUGGGCAGUCAGAACCGCUGGCUAAUUGACAAUGGAGUCACCAAAGGCUUUGUGUACAGCUCCUUUCUAAAGCCCUACAGUCCUCGCCGCAGCCACUCAGAGGCCUCCGUGGGCAGCCACUCCCCUGCCGAGUCAGAGCAGGGCAGCUCCUGCCCCACCUUCCCGCGGCAGAACAGCAACAGCACCUUGACCUUCAGCCCCGGCAGCAUGGCUGUGUCCUUUACCUCAGGGCCUUGCCAGAAGCAGCUUCAAGAUACAUCUUCACUGAAGGAAUGUGACCAAGGAACUCUCAGUGCAUCUUUGAACCUGGUUAAUGCAGAAAGUGGUCCUUCCAGGUGCCCUUCAGACCCAGACUCCACCUCUCAGCUCAGGCCAGGGGACUCUGCAGAUGGGGCCAGAGAUAUAAACCAACCUGCUGCCACCCUAAGGAGCUACCGAAAUGCCAGGCAUCCAGAAAUGGUUGGUUAUUCCGUACCAGGGCGAAACGGGCAAGGUAAAGACCGAGAAAAAGAAGGAAGUGCAAGAGCAGCCCAGGCUCUGGAAGACAGAAAUGAAGAGCCAGAAAGCAGCGAGGCAGAAGGCAACCAGGUCUAUUUUGCUGUCUAUACCUUCAAGGCACGAAACCCAAAUGAGCUGAGUGUGUCAGCCAACCAGAGACUCAAGAUCCUCGAGUUUAAAGAUAUUACGGGAAACACAGAGUGGUGGUUAGCUGAAGUUGAUGGGAAGAAGGGCUACGUUCCUUCCAAUUAUAUCCGCAAGACUGAGUACACCUGAGCCUGUUCUGCCUCCCUCUCAAACUUGCGGCCUUCGCUGUCAGUCUGCUGAAGGGUUCUGGUGUCCCACCAAGAGGGCAUCUGCUCCCAAGACCUGGGGCCUUGUCCACAUUGCUUAACCACAGCACGGUGGAGCACGGGAGAAGUCUAGUCCUCCUCAACUGGGUUGUAAACCUUGAUGCUCACUAGAAUUUCUAGAAUUUGAAAUGGACCCUGGGCUUUGCAAAUGAUUCAGUGACCAUGAGAAGAGAGGCAAGUCCUGGGGCAAGCCCUUGGAAAUGAGAAAUUUCCAAUCAGAAGACCAGUAUCCUGUGUAUGAAGGAAGCUGUGGUACAGCAUUAGAAAAUGUCGGCAUUGGUUGUACCACACUGAGUCUGCAGUGGCCCCAGGCUCCAUCAUCAGCUGACCAGAAACCAGUUGGAUGAAGAGAAUUAUGGCUCUGGAAGCCGUUUUAGGCUGUGCUUCUGCAAGUGGCAAGGAAUUUGUCAGGGUUGUAACAAACCUAGUGUUUCAAAGUUUCUAGGACACCUCCAGUGUCCAGCACAUAUUUUCUAUUCCUCGUACACACACACCCCUAAUUUGUAAAUUCCAUAAAAUACUGCCAUCUUUAAUUUCUUAUUCCCAGAUUGGUUAUACAAAAUUCAACUGCUUUGUUCUUUUAAGAAGUGUUUAAGGUCUUUAUUUUCCUUCGACCCUUCAUGUGAAAGGUUCUCUUCCUUUGAUAGGGACAAUCAUCUACACCUUUCUGUCAGUCAUCUCUACUUUAUACAGUCUGUUUGUGGUGUCUUGUGGCACUGUCUCCCUGGACUCAGUAACUGGUAGAGUUGCCUGGGCUAACAGGGUGAGAGGUCUAGCCAUUCCAUGAAAAGUGUUAGUUCUGCAAUGAGCUGAAACCAGUCAAGCCUGGUGGAAGACUGGAUGCCUUUCUCCUUUAUCCAAGCACACUACUACCAUUUAGCUACAUCCACAGAUGCAGAACACAUAACACGUGACUUAUUUGAAUUAGGAUAAGCAGUUCCAGAAGCAGCUUAUCCUAGAAAAGGAAGUAAGAUUAUCUGUUUCACCGCUAACCUCCGUGCUUCAGAGACAGUAUUCAAAAACGAGAUUCUAAAGUGCCUGAUUGUCUUCCUGAAACCAGGAGAGGUACUUUUACUAACCCCUUACACUAAGAAUCUUCCCUUGAACGUUCUGUUUUAGCAGGGGUCUUAUUCUUAGGAUCUUCCCUGCAUAUUAAGCCUGCCUUGGAACAGGACAUUAUGAAUUUAAGAAAGGGAAUUGAGAACAGCCUUACUCCCCUGCUCCUCCACGUGCACAUUUGGCCUUAAAAUCCUGGUGAAUUGGGGAGACACCUGUGGACUCCUUAUCCAUAGUGUCUCUGCUCAUCAUGCUCAGAAGGCAGUCAUGCAAGAGUCUCUCGUGAAGAGUGUUUAUUUUUAGAGGUGUUUAUAUUUAAGUAGUUAUUUUAUAAAUAAAAGCAUUUCUAAUA